AUGCCAGACAUUUCGGAAUACCGACUCGGAAGUGCAUGUAGAAUAAACAACUCAGAUCAGUUUUCAGAAAAAGCAGAUUCUGAGGCUUCUAUUCCGGACCCAUCUGGUUCGAAUGCAUUGAAACUUGAAGAGUGUAUAGUUCCUGUCCAAGAAUUGCAACAUGUAGUCAAUGAUAAAGCAUCUUCUGACGAUAACGGUUUUAAUAACAACAAUUCAAAUAUGGAGGACGUCACUUGUUGUUGUCACGACAGUAAAAAUGAAUGCGGUAUACUCAAUGAUUCAAAUUCAUCAUCUUGGUUGCGACGUCUAUUUACAUCAAGCUUAUUUAAUUUAGACAUGACAAUUCAAUAUUUAUUUAAAUCAGAGGAUGUGAAUGUACAAAUGUAUUUGGCUGAUCGAUUAUUUGGUUUUCCAGAAUCUGAUGUAGACUUUUACUUAUUACAACUUGUUUCUCUCUAUGAUAAAUCGCCUUCAUUAGCUGAACACUUAACUAAUUAUUUUAUAUAUCGAUGUACAAAAUCUGUUUCAUUUGCAAUAAAUCUUGUUUGGUUAUUGGACUCAUUCAGUUCACAUUCAUAUAAUCCAUUGAAACGUGUUUCAUCAAUUCUACUUAAUCGUCCAUCAUCAGUGCCAAUAUUCUCUUAUGUAUCUAAUCAAUUGUAUUUAAUGAAUUCCAGUGAUAAUUCUCAAUCAAUCAAUAGUAAUAGUAAUAAUAGUAAAUUUAUUAAAUUAAAAUCUAGUUCAUCGGCUAUUACACCUUUACAAGAAUUAGAUUAUCAUAAUAGUAACAAUGGGGAUGAAAAUUACAAUACAAAUGUAAUUCCUACUCCUAAUACAACUACGACUAAUAAUUCGACAGAAUUGUCCAAUGAUAAUCGAUUCGUGUAUACUGCACAAACUUUACGAGAUUUAUUACUACCGAUUGAUGAGACUACAUGGGGUAGUUUUAUUCCACAAUCGAUAGUUAAUGGAAGCUACAACAUGGGAUCGUAUAAUAAUGUUAAUACUCACUAUACACAUAAUACUUCUUCUCCAUCAUCCAAUUGUAAAUUAUCUCCAAAUAUUCAUCAUAAUAUCGGGCAUAAACGAAGUACAUCUGAUGUAACAAGUUUAAGAAAUUAUCAUUAUUAUGUAGAUAAAUCUAGACAUCGUGUUGUUAUGGAUCAGUUAGAUCUAAUGAAUAAUACUGAAACUAAUCAAACGAUAACAACAAUAACUUCUAAUCCAAAUCGUUGGUCAUCAUCACAAGAUUCAGCUGUUUGUUUAUCAACUAUUGACGAUGUUGUAAACAAUCCAAUAACAACUCAAUCUAAUCAUAUCAAAAAUCAAAUAUCAUUGAAUUCAAUAUGUCCUAUCAUAAAUCAUUUAUCAAAUCAAACAAAUUCUUUAUUAAAUGAAAAUCGACAUUCAUUACAUCAAUUACAUUUGAAUAAUCUUAAUCAAAAUCCAAUUAAAUCAAGUAUGAGUAUGAAUAAGAUUAUUACAAAAGAAAUUCUGCCACAAUCAUGUCUUUCGAAACAUUCUCGUUCAUCAGUUAAUUUACAACGAUUAAAUUCAUCAUUAUGUAUCAUGAAUGAUGAUAAUUCUGCACAAAUUAAAUCAUCAUCGUCUUUAAAUCAAACUGCCACUGUUCGUGGUGAGAAUAAUGAUAGGAAUGAUGUUGAUCGCAACUUAUCAUCAUACUCUACAAAUAAUAUAACUUCUGAUUUAAUGCUUGGAUCCUUAGAAGGAGUACCAGUACUUACAACGACAACACUCACUAAAACAAAAUCAAUAAAUGAAGCAAGGAACAAUCCAACUCACACUAUGGAAUCUUGUAGUUCCACAACAGAAUCGUCAAGUCCAUUUGAUAGUGGUCUUUAUAUGACAGCUCCUAAUCGUUGUAUACAUAGUAGUUGCGAUGGUGUUGGUGUUGUUGACCAUGGUGAUGACGAUGAUGAUAAUGAUAAUCAUGGUGUUAAAUUGCAAUCACCAGAGAAUUCAUUUCAUUUACCACAUUGUCCACAUUAUCACACUACUUCAUCAGUUAUGUAUCGAACUUUAACAUUACGUAAUUAUCUAGUCCCUAGAAUAAUUCCUGAAUGGGAUUUUGUUGAUGGUCUUUUGAGAAUAGCUCGUCGAUUAGUACCAAUUAGUCCCAAAGAGCAAAGAACUGCUCAUUUACAGGCAGAAUUAGCAAAUUUAAAUCUUCAUUUACCUGCACGUGUAUGGUUACCAGUAAAUAAAGCUGGUCAUAUUGUUUUACGUAUUCCACCAACUGCUGCGGUAUGUUUAAAUUCUAAGGAUAAAGCACCAUUUUUAAUCUAUGUGGAAAUAUUGUGCUGUGAUGAUCCAUCAAUUAUUUCUUUACCAAGUCGACCGAUAACAGCAGUUAGUUCAAAAAGUUCCAAUUCAUUAUCUGCUGUUUAUCCAUGGAAUCCUAAUUCACAUACAGGUUGUUUUUCAUCUAAUGAAAUAACAGAAAAUCAUGAAAUCAAUGUAAAUACACGUACAUCAGAUGAAUUAAGUCUUCGUUCCUCUUCUAUAUCAUCUAAUGUUUCUUUAAGUGAAGAAUUAAUAAAUCCUAUAGAAUUUAAUCAUCAUCAUCAUCAACAUCAACAUCCUCAUUAUCAUUUAACUAUAGAUGAAAUGGAUGAAAGAAAAGAGCAUACAACUAAAUGUACCCAUGAUCAAUUUGAACUUAAUGAAACUAUAAUGAAAGAUGAUUCUUUCACAGCUACUGAUUCAACAACAGUAACUAAUGCUAAUCGAUCUAAAUCUCCAAUUUAUAUUGGAGCUGGUGAAAUACGUAAUCGACUUAAAGAACAAUGUGAACUUCAACCGCAUAAAUCGUUUAGAUGUGAUCCAGAAGAUCCAAGUGCAGCAGUGCUAAAAGAACCAUGGCAUGUAAAAUGUGAACGUAUACGUGCUACAUCACCAUGGGGUAGUUUACCAGGAUGGAUUCUAACCAGUGCAAUUGUAAAAGUUGGUGAUGAUUUAAGACAAGAACAAUUAGCUUAUCAAUUACUUACUGUGUUAAAAAAUAUUUGGUCAAUGGAGUAUGUUCCAUUAUGGUUACGUCCAUUAACUGUAGUUGUUAUAUCAUCUGAUAGUGGUUUUAUUGAACCUGUCCCUGAUACUGUAUCAUUUCAUCAAAUCAAACGACAUGCUCAUUUAUCAUUAUUAGAUUAUAUGCAUCGUGAACAUGGUGGAGAUAACUCUGAGGAGUUUUUAACUGCUCAACGUAAUUUUCUACAUAGUUGUGCCGCUUAUUGUUUAGUCGGUUAUUUGUUUCAAGUUAAAGAUCGACAUAAUGGUAAUAUACUAUUAGAUAAUCAAGGUCAUGUAAUACAUAUUGAUUAUGGUUUCAUUUUAUCAUCAUCACCGGGGAAAAAUUUAGGCUUUGAAACAAGUCCAUUUAAAUUAACAUUAGAACAAAUUGAUGUUAUAGGUGGUUUAAAUAGUGAUUUAUUUGAAUAUUUUAAAUUUCUUCUAUUACGUGGUUUAUUAGCUGCACGUAAACAUAUGGAACAGAUCUGUGUACUGGUUGAAAUAGCUCAUGCCACAUGUCCACAAUUACCAUGUUUUUCUCGUGGUAAUGGUUGUCGUACAAUUACUGAUUUACGUCAACGAUUUCAAUUAUCACGUACAGAAGAACAAUUAAAACAAUUAGUUGAUCAAAUGGUUCAUAAUUCAUUAAAUUCAGUUACAACAAAAUUAUAUGAUAGUUUUCAAUAUUAUACAAAUGGUAUCCAAUAG